AGGUGCAGUCAAGUCAGGGAGGGGCCUUUGAUCUGCAGAAGACGAGUAACAACUGGAAUUCCUGCUUGAAUGUUCAGCGGGCAAGUUGUAUUCACAGGCAAAGUCCUCUGGCCUCCACAUACCAACUAUGGAAGCCCAGUUUGGGAUCUCAAAGAAGGAAUGAAGGGACGGUCCUACAGAAUGGUCAACUGGCUGCCAGUAGAAGAAAAGAAAUUCACGUAGGGACCCUGGCUGCCUCUCAACCUGUGUCCAAGGUGAUUGAUGGUUAUUCCAGAGGUGGAAGGAACACUGCCCCGAGCAUAUUUCCAGAAUCUGAACUCGGCAUUGCAAAAACCAAAACAUACCCCAAAUAAGCCAUAAAUUGCAACCGUCAACAAAAUUGCACAUAUGCUGUCAGUUGAUUAAUCUUGCUACCAUUGGCCAAUUCAACACCACUGAAUGCUGGCCAACUUCUCAAGAAGAACAGAGAAUAUUUUUCUCCCCAUCCUUUUUUUUCAGCCGAACACGGCGUCUUUUGCUGUGGAUAGUAGAUUGCCCCAUUUGUCUCUUGCCUGCUGAGCAAGUUUGUAAAUCAAAGCUCGCCGGAUUGCUUACUCCACCGACUCUUACUACAAGGCGUCCAACAUAUGAGGAAGAUGGCACUGUGGGAAGAAUACUGCCAACAGAUCAAGAAUCUGCUGCUGACUGUCAUAUUUGUCUUCUGUCUAUUGGAUGCAGUGAGUGGCCUGCAGUGCUACCAGUGUGUGGGGAUGUUCCAUGAAUGUGUCCAAUCAGAGCAAUUGUGUACGCCGAGGGAUCGGUCCUGCUUCUCAUCUACCAUCAAACUUUUCUAUUCAAACAACUAUACAGGAGUAUUUUUGCUUCCAGAUUUAGAAAUCGCUGAGUAUGUGAUGAAAGGCUGUUCAGGGGAAGGUGUAUCCAACCGCACAGCUAACAUCUAUUCAGAAGACGAUCAUGAAGUACACAACACAUAUUACUGUGACUCUAAUCUCUGCAACAUCCGGUUCACAGGCGCUCCAGCCAGCAGUACUCAAGCAGCCAACGGCAUGGAGUGCUACAGCUGCUUUGAUCGUGGCACGGGAGACUGUGCUGAAGGAAACGCUACUCGGGUCAAGUGUUUAGGAGAUAUGAAUCAGUGCAUGGAUUUUACCGUGAUUAAUGGCGCCUGGAAAAUGACGUACCGGACAUGUGCCCUGGAGACCUUGUGCCGCCGGCAGUAUAUGCUGCCGGAACUCUCGGGGAGACUGGAGAUCAGCUGCUGUUCUACACCUCUCUGUAACGAUGGGCGACCUGGCCUUAAAAGCAUCUGCAGCCAUUUCUCAGAGCAAGGAGUCAAGAAGAAGCCUGAGAAUGGCUUGGAAUGUGCCAGUUGCUGUGAUACGGGCCAAGGGGAAUGUGCCCAUGGGAACUGGACUCAUGUCAAGUGUGUUGGGGAGCAGACCAAGUGUGUGAAUGUCACAGAGAAAGGCCAUACAUUGAUGCGUGGCUGUAGCUUGGAGAAGCUUUGUUGGGAGAAACCACAGGUGUUGGACCUGGACCGAAAUUCUUCGAUCAACUGCUGCUCCAGCUCUCUCUGCAACAGAAGUUUGGCCCCAACUGGAGAUGCUGCCUUGGUCCUCCUGCUCCUGCUUUUCUGGCUGCUCUGAUAAAAGUCCGGAGUGUCCAAAUUUCAAGGAAGCCAAAGAAAGCUGGAGAACAGAGAGCCCAGUGUCACAAAGACUGAUGUACUGCAGCCACAUACUGUCCCUCUUGCCUCCCAGCAUCCAACAUGACAAGUGUUGCACAUAAGGUGGUUUUAAUUACUCCAGCCUACGUGACCGCAUUCUUUGUGAUUCUCUCCACUGUCUUUUAAGUAGGAAGCUUCAAAGAAACAGGUUUAGUGAUCUAUGCAAGGAAGAAGGUUCUGGUUGCAAGCGAAGGUGAGGGUGGCAUUGGGGCAGAAGUUACAGUCCUGAAAUAUUAUCGGCCUCUCACUGCCUUGCAGCUUCUCAAGGCUAACUCCUGCCAAGGGACCCUAACAUCUUAGCUUCCUUUCCUUCACGGGGUGAAAAAAAAAAGCCCCUUGUCCUUUUAGCAUCAGUUGCAGGGUACGGCACCACGGGUAUUAGUUAUGCAAGACUUUUGAGUUGGCUCUCAUGCCUAAAUGGAAAUCGAUGAUUUGCAUAAACAAAAAAUCUCUAACCGGUAUGAUUUCCUUGUUGUUAGAGAGAGCCAAUUUUCACCCGGACUGUAAGAAUCAUCUCAAACCAUAGUCCCACAUGUGCUGAAUGUUUUCUGGAGAACAUGGUCCUCCAGCGAGGGGAGUGGUCCGGUGGCUUAGAGGUGGAGCUCUCGCCUCACAAUCGGGAGGCUGUGAGUUUGAUCCUAGGUAGAGGCAGAUAUUUCUCUCUCUGGAUCCACACUGAGAAUAUAUCUGCUGAACAAAACUCUGCAUUGGUGACAGGGAGGGCAUCUGGCCAUUAAAAAAUCACUCUGCUAGCUCCAUUCAGUUGCCCAGACUCCACCCCGCAAGGGAUUAUGGAGUCAUUAAAUGACAACGAUGACGAUGGUCCUCCAGCGAGGAACAAGAGAUUGUUGUCCCUGCCCUGCCUGUGGACUUCAAGAUUGUGGACUUUAUGAUCCUGGCACCUUCAUCCAGAAUUGUCCAGUGAGUUUCCUCCAGGCUUCAAAGACAUCGAACCGGGGAAGGCUGUCCCAAAACAUUUUGUGCACACCAAGCUGAUGGCGAUUUUAGCCAACCUUGUUGCAAGGAAUCAAAUCACACUCCUUGCAUUCCUUGUUGGAAUUAACUCCUUUCAUUCUCCUAAGAGAACUAGAACCAAGGAUCGCUGUAAGCUGCCCAGGGUGACUUGGAUGGCGAGAUGGGUGGCGUAUAAAUGUAAUAAACAAAAAUAUGAAAAGAUGGGCCAAUCAAUACAGAGCCAUGGGAGAAUCUGUUCUCCAAGUUGUGGAGGCUGACUUAACGGUUGCGGUUGUUGCCUUUUUUCCUGGGUGGUUCUCCGGUGUAGAAAUCUGCCAACGUCCUUGAAUUCCUAGUCUGCAAAAGGAUGUUCAGGAACCUUCAAUACGAGGGAUGCAGGGGAGACAAAGAAUAGAUCAAAAGACAUCUUAUUCAAUUAAAGAAAACACAGUUUGCAGGGA